UAGACAACUAUUUGAGAAAUUUGGAGCACCACUACUGCAUUUAGCUGGAAUUCAAGUAUCAAUAGUCAAAACGGAGCACGACAGUCAACUGAAGGCGCUGAUGGAGGUUGUCGACGAUACGGAUGCGAUUAUCAUCGCCGGCGGCGACGGCGCCCUCAGCGAGGCAGUGACGGGUCUGUUGAGGCGACCGGACCAGGAGCGCAUCGCUAAGCUCGCGAUAGGCAUUGCGCCGAUCGGGAAGACAAACACGAUAGCGCGCAGGCUGUUCGGAAGUCAGCUCACCAACGUUCAGUUCAUCGGCGAGGCGAUGAUGGCUGCAAUCCGGGACCAGCGGCGAGCGUUCGACGUCAUCCACAUUGAGGGAAAUCAGGGCAAACCCGUGUAUGCGCUGGCCGAGCUACAGUGGGGCCCUCUACGAGAAGCAAAGGAGCGAGCUUCCAAGUAUUGGUAUCUGGGACCACUCAAGCGCAGAGCAACGUACGUCAUAUCUGUGAUGAAGGAAUGGCCGCAGUAUGUGAGAGCCAAGCUGUCAUACGUGCUGCCAUGUGAAGGGUGUUCUAAGUGCUACGUGGCACCUCCACCUCCUCCCCCACUCAGGUGGUGGCAGUCAAUCCUCCGGACAGAGUCUAAUAAAGAGCGAAGUUGAUUCUAUGACGCUAUCCGUAGGAUCAGGCGCAGUGACAAAGACAGACUUCAUCAAGCAUGGAUUCCAGAGGCAU